AUGCUUCGUACAGCGGAACUGGCCAACAUUGCGUUUUGUCAAGCGUUGUCUCAGACACAUCUCGGAGACAAAGUAUACUACCCGCACACGGCCGUCUACGAUGAGCGCCUCGAGUCGUACUGGUCUGUCAGCGCUGCUCUGCAACCAUGGUGUAUGGUGUUGCCAUCGACAGCCGAGGAUGUCUCCCUGACAAUCAAGGCUCUGACGGAGCACCAAUGCCCCUUCGGCAUCCGUAGCGGAGGCCACGGCACGUCCGCUCUCUCGAACAGCGUACAGGAUGGCGUAACGAUAGACUUCGGACAUAUGAACGCGACGACAUAUGACCCAGAGACCAAGAUCGCAUCUAUCCAACCCGGUGGCUACUGGGGCCCCGUCUACGAGACCCUGGCCCCAUACGGCGUCACCGUGACUGGGGCCCGUGACUCCACCGUCGGCGUCGGCGGCUUCAUCACAGGAGGCGGCAACUCGUUCCACUCGGCCACCAACGGAUUCGCCUGCGACAAUGUGAAGAACUUCGAGGUAGUCCUCGCAGACGGGCGCAUCGUCAACGCCAACUCCGACGAGAACGCGGACCUCUGGCUGGCGCUGAAAGGCUGCUCGGGAAACCUGGGCCUGGUCACGCGCUUCGACAUGUACACCAUCGACUACGCCGACCCUACUGUUCCGGAGAUCUUCGGUGGCAUCGUGAGCUAUGAUGUCAGUGCCACUGAUGCGGUCAUCCACGCGUAUGUCGCGUUCGCGGAUAAUGUGGCGAGUGAUGAGGAUAGCUCGAGCAUUAUAUGGUGGGCUUACAAUCGGGAACUCGGCGGCAUGUCCAUCGCUGGAUGCCUGGACAAUGCAGCGAACGAACCGAAUGCGCCCGCGUUCGAUGGCUUCCUGUCCAUACCGGGUAUCAAGUCGAAUACCAUGAGAUCGGCGUCUAUGUUCAAUAUAACGUCUGAUUUCGCGAUGGGUGAAGGUGUUCGCAACAUCUGGAUGACAAGCACAUACAAGAACGAUCCGUGCAUCCUGCACUUCGCAGCUGCCACGCACGAAGAGAUGGUCCACCGAAUUGAAGCCGUCGUCUCGCCCGACAGCGGCCUCGGCACCGUACUUCAGUUCCAGCCCAUCACGCACUCGAUGGUGCGCCACGCCGCGGAGAACGGCGGAAAUAUGAUGGGACUCGAAGAUCGAAUCGCCGGGGGGACGGGUGCCAUGCUCCUCAUCUACGUGGCUGUGAAGAGUGCGGAGGAGGAGGCGCUGGCCUUGCCCCUCGUGCAGGAGCUUCAGGACGCCAUUGACGAGUACGCGGCUUCCGUUGACGCCAAUUGGAACUGGAGGUACCUGAACUAUGCCCACGGGAAUCAGGAUCCGGUCGCCAUGUUCGGGGCCGAGCCUGUUGCGAAGUUACGGGCUGCGUCUGCCAAGUAUGACCCCGAGGGUGUAUUUCAGAAGCUGCGCCAAUCUGGGUUCAAGAUACCUCCCGGUCGUGAGGAUGAAUUGUAG